GCGCUUGCGGUCUCUCUAGGCCCGGCAUCCCUGUGGCCUGGUUUCUAGCCUCCGGCCGAGCCCGGCCUUUCUCACGGGGCUCAGCGCCUCGAAACUCGGCCUCCACAUCUGUCCUGUCGUGGAAUAAUCCCCUCCAGUAAUUUCACUGCAGAAGACUUUGGUCAGAAUGGUUUCCAAAAGAAAACGGUCAAAAUCUGAGGAUAAAGAGAGCCUCACAGAAGAUACCUCAAAAGCUGGGAAGCAACCACUUUCCAAAAAGACAAAGAAAACUAAUGUUUAUAAUGAAGUUGAAGAAAACGAUAGUGUCUUUGUAAAGCUUCUUAAAACAUCAGGAUUGAUUCUUAAAAGAGGAGAGAGUCAAAAUCAGCUAGCUGUGGAUCAAAUCAUUUUCCAAAAGAAGCUCUUUCAGACUCUGAAGAAACAUCCUUCUUAUCCUAAUGUAAUAGAAGAAUUUGUUAGUGGCCUGGAGUCUUACAUUGAGGAUCAUGCCAGUUUCCAGAACUGCCUUUUGUCUUGUGAGCGUCUGCAGGAUGAGGGAGCCAGCAUUGGUGCAUCUUACUCUAAAAGCCUCAUUAAAUUGCUUUUGGGGAUUGACAUACUACAGCCUGCCAUUAUCAAAACCUUAUUUGAAAAGUUGCCAGAAUUUCUUUUUGAAAAAGUGAACAGUGAUGGAACCAGCAUGCCUCGACUCAUCGUCAGUCAGCUCAAGUGGCUUGACAGAGUUGUGGAUGGCAAGUGUCCUCCACUGCAGGAUCUCACCACCAAGAUCAUGCAGCUGAUCAGUAUUGCUCCACUGUACCUUCAGCAUGACUUUGUUACAAGCCUACCUGAGAUUGUAGGGGAUUCCCAGCAUGCUGAUGUGGGGAAAGAACUCAGUGACCUUCUAACUGAGAAUACUUUACUUACUGUCCCGAUCCUGGAUGCCCUUUCCAGCCUCCAGCUUGACCCAAAGUUCCUCUCUAAGGUCCGCCAGUUGGUGAUGGAUAAGCUGUCAUCUGUCACUUUGGGUGAUUUACCUGUGAUGAUCAAGUUCAUUCUUCAUUCCAUUACAGCCACGGAUGCACUUGAGGUGAUUUCUGCACUUCGGGGAAAGUUGGAUGUGCAGCAUUUUAUUUUGCCAUCACAGUUUAACCAUUUCCAAAGCAAGUUGAAAUAUAAAGGACAAACAAGUUCUUCAGGAAAUCAGGAAAAUGGCGGCCAAGACUGUGUUACUCUCGUCUUUGGUGUAAUAAAGUCAGCUGUUAGAUACGAGAAAAUCAUUGCGGAAGCUUGGCUUAAGGCAAUUGAAAACACUUCCUUGGUGUCUGAACACAAGAUUUUUGACGUGGUGAUGCUCCUUAUCAUCUAUAGCACCAACACUCAGAUGAAGAAGUAUGCUGAGAGAGUGCUAAGAAAUAAGGUUCGAUCACGCUGCUUUGAAGAUGAUCUUCUACAGAGCACAUUCUUAAUUCAUCAGUUGGUUCUUAAGGAUGUUUGUCCAUACAUUCUGUUGUUGGCUCAGAGUUUUUUGCACUCCCUAGACCAGAGUAUAAGUUGGUUUGGCAGUCUCCUGUACAAGUACUCAUUUAACGUUUUUGACACUUACUGCAAGCAGGAAGUGGUUGGUGCCCUAGUGUGCCACGUUUGCGGCGGCAGUGAAGUUGAAGUUGAUACUGCAUUGGAUAUCCUCCUAGAGUUGGUGGUUCUAAACCUAUCUGCUAUGAGGCUGAAUGCUGUAUUUGUGAAGGGCAUUUUGGAUUAUCUGGAUAAUAUGUCCCCUCAGCAAAUACGCAAACUCUUCUACAUUCUCAGCACACUGGCAUUUAGCAAACAACAUGAAGGCAGCAAUCACAUCCAGGAUGACAUGUACUUGGUGAUACGAAAGCAGCUCUGUAGCACCGUAUUCAAGUAUAAACUCAUUGGUAUUAUUGGGGCUGUCACCAUGGCUGGCAGCAUGUCAUCAGGAAGAAAUAGACCUUCCAGUUUUACUCAAGGGAGAGCAGACCUGAGCAAUGAGCAGUAUACACAGGUGACCUCCUUGCUGCAGCUGGUUCAUUCCUUCAGUGAGCGGUCUCCUCGGGCCUCUGCACUUUAUUAUGAUGAAUUUGCCAACCUGAUCCAGGGAGAAAAGCUGGUUCCAAAAGCCCUGGAAUGGGUUGGGCGGACCACUUUUAAUGAUUUCCAAGAUGCCUUUGUGGUGGAUGUCUGUGUUGUUCCAGAAGGUGACUAUCCAUUUCCUGUGAAAGCGCUGUACGGACUGGAGGAAUACAGUAGUCAUGACGGGAUCGCCAUCAACCUCCUACCACUGUUGUUCUCUCAGGACUUUGCAAAAGAUGGGGGUAGAAUGACUUCACAGACAUCAGACCAGAAAUUGGUGUCUCCAUUGUGCCUGGCUCCUUAUUUCCGAUUACUGAGACUUUGUGUGGAGAAACAACAUAAUGGAAACUUGGAGGAGAUUGAUGGUUUAUUAGAUUGUCCUGUAUUCCUCACUGAUCUGGAACCUGAAGAGAGGCUGGAGUCCAUGUCUGAUAAAGAGCUUUCAUUCAUAUGUUCACUCAUAUUUCUUACUCUCAACUGGUUCCGAGAGGUUAUAAAUGCCUUCUGCCAGCAAACAUCACCUGAGAUGAAGGGGAAGGUGCUCACCCGGUUAAAGCACAUUGUAGAGCUACAAAGAAUCCUGGAAAGGUAUUUGGCAGUCACCCCAGACUAUGUUCCUCCUCUUGCAAACUUUGACUUGGAUACUUUAGAUGUAACCCCUCCUGCCAGUACUGCUGUUUCAGCAAAAAUCAAGAAACAAGGAAGUACAGGUGGAGGAAGGAAACGGAAAGCAGAUGGCAGCAAAACAUCCUCCCCUGAUACACUUUCAAAGGAGGGUAGUUCAGAGUGCAACCCUACGCCGUCUGAUAGAAGCCAGCCGGAAAAGGAGUUCAAAGGGAAAGAAGAAAACACUUCAGUGUCACUACGGAAUUACCGCGCUUUUUUCCGAGAACUGGAUAUUGAGGUCUUCUCUGUUUUACACUGUGGGCUUGUGACCAAGUUCAUCUUGGAUACUGAAAUGCACACUGAAGCUACUGAAGUUGUGCAACUUCAGCCCCCUGAGCUGCUUUUCUUGCUGGAAGAUCUCUCCCUGAAGGUGGAGAGUAUGCUGAUACCUUCUGUUAACAGGAGAGUCCCUUUCUCCAAGAGUAAAGGAAGCCGGACUGUUGGAUUCACACAUCUCAAUCAGAGACCUGCUGAAGAAAUUGCUCACAGUAUUGUUCAACUGCUGACUCCAAUGUGUAACCAUCUGGAAAACAUCCACAACUACUUUCAGUGCUUAGCUGCUGAGGAUUAUGGUGUAGUUGAUGGAUCAGGAAUGAAAGUUCAGGAGUACCACAUAAUGUCUUCAUGCUAUCAGAAACUACUGCAGAUUUUUCAUGGACUUUUUGCUUGGAAUGGACUUUUUCAUCCUGACAAUGUUAAUGUACUAUAUUCAUCCUUUGAGGUCCUUACUAGCCGAGUGAAGCAGAGAGAGCCUGACCAGGCCUUGGAGGAACUCCUCAGCCAGAGCUUCAAUUACUUGCAGAAUUUCCAUCAGAGCAUUCCCAGUUUCCAGUGUGCUCUUUAUCUCCUCAGAAUUUUGAUGGCCAUUUUGGAGAGAUCUGUAGAUCCUGCUCAGAAAAAAGAAAAAAUUGCUUCCCUGGCCAGACAUUUCCUCUGUCGGACGUGGCCAAGCGGGGAGAAAGAGAAGAGCAGCAUUCGUAAUGAGCAGCUCCAUGCUUUGCUGUGCAUCUACCUGGAGCACACAGACAGUGUUCUGAAGACUAUAGAGGAGAUUGCUGGUGUUGGUGUUCCAGAACUAAUCAACUCUCCGAAAAAUGCGUCUUCCUCCACAUUUCCUACACUGACCAGGCACAGCUUUGUCAUUUUCUUCCGUGUGAUGAUGGCUGAACUAGAGAAGACAGUAAAAGGUCUUCAGGCUGGCACAGCAGCAGACUCACAACAGAUUCAUGAAGAGAAGCUCCUCUACUGGAAUAUGGCUGUUCGAGACUUCAGUAUCCUCAUCAGCCUGAUAAAGGUGUUUGACAGUCAUCCUGUUCUGCAUGUGUGUUUGAAGUACGGGCGUCUCUUUGUGGAAGCAUUUCUGAAGCAGUGUAUGCCUCUCCUAGACUUCAGUUUUAGAAAGCAUCGGGAAGAUGUUCUGAGUUUAUUAGAAACUUUCCAGUUGGACACGAGGCUGCUUCAUCACCUGUGUGGGCAUUCCAAGAUUCACCAGGACAUGAAACUCACCAAACAUGUGCCUUUGCUGAAAAAGACCCUGGAGUUAUUAGUUUGCAGAGUGAAAGCCAUGCUCACCCUCAACAAUUGCAGGGAGGCUUUCUGGCUGGGCAAUCUUAAAAACCGGGACUUGCAGGGUGAAGAGAUUAUGUCCCAGAAUUCUCAGAGGAGCACAGAAGAUGAAAGUGAGGAUGAUACAUCAUCCCAGGUCUCCAAGGGCAGAUCAACAGAGGAUGGUGAAAAAGAUGAAGCAAGUGAUGGAGAAAAGGAGCAAGAAAGUGGUGAGAGUGAUGACGACUCUGACUAGACCGGAGAGACUGAUGCCCUCCUAACAUUUUGUGUUCAGGGCUUGAAAUCUGCUGUCCACCUAAUUGGAAACAUUAUAUUUUGUCCUUAAAGAGGAGACUUUAUUGAAUCAACUUAAUUGUGAAUUUCAUAAGAUUAUCUAACAUCAUCAAAGGUCCUGGCUUGGAAUUCCAUUGUAGCAUUAUUUAACAGUUUAGUCAUGAUUCAGAACUUUGGAAGCUAGUUUUGAAACUGUCUUAGAAUUUACCAGUUAUUUCUACAAGUUUUCCAAAUAAAUUCUGUUUUAGCUUCUGCCUCAA